UCCGUCUAUGGCUGCCUAACCCCACUCCAACCAUCAGAUCCGAUCUUCCCACUGCGCAAUAGCUUCAUGCAGUCUGGUUUGACUCCAUAGGGCUUGGAACUAUUGAACGCCUCCUCAGCCGCUCCUGCAGCUGAUGUUUGAGGAGCCAAAUUCAGCCAGCCUCGUUACUUGAACGAAAUCAUCCUCCAGGUUCUCUACUUAAAGCCAUGGAUAACUCUCGCCUGGUUCCUCCUCGCCCCCUCUCAUCUCCACGGCCAUCACCAUGGGUUUUUCCACUUCCUCAAAAAAUAUCCACUUGCGCAACAUCCCCAACAACGGGGAUGGUCUGCACAUCACCAACUUGUGUGCGGAAUGCAAGGAUGACAAGGGCAACUGGCACUAUCGUGAGAUCACCCUCGACUGGCACAUCGGGGUGGACACGCCAACGGGCCGAUUUCUGCUGGACUCGCUGCAUAUCACCAACCACGCCUCCAAGCUAGAGCUCACAGCCGGAGGGGCGGUGUUGAUCUGCACCAUGAACGCCUUCUACAACCACCGCGUGAACAUCCUAGCCCUAGAUAUGAUCUUUCACAACGACGGGGGCGACUUAGUCUAUCAGCUGCCUCCGCGAAACGUGCGCUCGCGCCUGACGCACCUGACGCUGAGACCUAUGGCCGUCCUUCAGGGCUUUGCGUUUACCCGCUACGGCACCCUGUGCCCGACCUCCCUGGACCUGGACGACCAUCUGGGCAACGAGAACGGCAUCCUCAAGCCGAAGAAGAACGGCAACUUCAGCCACAGCGCCUAUGAUCUGUGCCUUGACGGCAGCUGGACGCUCUGCUGCCUGUUGGAGGACUGGCACCGCAACUUGAAUUCGAUCAGCUGCUGGGAGCUGAUGGAGAAUUGGGUCAGUAUCACUGAUGAGGGUCAGCUCGUCAUGCAGGAUCCUGCCGGCACCUGGGAUCUCCGGGGUCCGUUCUUCCGGCUGCUCGAGGAUAUCCCCAUCAUCGGCUAUGUUGUGGCGGGCAUCGACGAACUGGAAGGCGACCACAAUGAGGCUAUCCGCGCUGCGGCGGAGUGCACUUACGCGACCAUUUGCCUCGCUGCGGCCCUUGUUGGCGGGGCCCUGCUGGGGCCAGUGGGGGCGGCGGUAGCUUCCGGGGUGGCUGGGUAUGCCGGCAUGUACGCCAAGCAAGCCAUCGGGAAGCAUAUUGGCGACCCCAAAAUGCGGAACGAGGUCACGGCCAUCACGAUCUAUCGGGUGCUCGUAGCGGAGCUGACGAUGAUCGCCGGGGUGGGGCUCGGGGAGGUAUCCGGGGCGUUUGUGGACCUGCUCAGCGACGAGCUUAUGGCCUCGGGCCUCGAGGCGCUGGCCUCGGACAUGGCCAAGUGGCUAGGCAAGAAGGCGUUGAAAAAACUGGCCAAGAAGGAUCUGGAAAUCAUCGUUAAGAACCUGGUCGAUGCCAUCCAGCACGGCAAGUCCGAGGACGACAUCAAGCAUAUGUUCGGCGACUGGGACAAUGACGGCGUGGACCUGUUGAACGACCCGACCCCUCCUCCCCCGCCUCCGCCGCGACCACGCCCCCCCAUUGACGAAGACACCAACGCGGAAGCGGGGUGCGAAGGCAUCGUCACGCCCCGAGACCCGCCGUAUGACCCUACUCAGGACCCUGAAGUCGACUUCGGCCACAUCGGCUGGGACGAAAGCGGCGGCGGCACCGGGCUGCAGCGGCAAAAGCGGAAGCGGGACCGCAUGUGCCACCACGGCGGGAUCCUGGCAUCUACACCUGGCGGGGCCAUCCAACCUAGGGCCCAAAUCGCACCAGGCAUCCACCCCACCACCGCCAGCACCCCGGCUCACACCCUUUCCCUCAACGGCGACUCCCUCACCAUCCCCGACUCCUGGGCCCAAGAAUGCCUCUUCCGCCUGGACAUGACCCGCCUCCUCGCUGGGGGGCACUCCGACGCAAACACGAACAUCAACUUCUACGCCGACGACGGCUACACCCUGCGCCUGCACAUCUCCUUCCGCCCCGCCACCCAAAACUUGCAUCUCUCGCAGUGGUGGGACGGCAGCUGGCGCAGCGCGUGGUGGGCUCCCUUCGACGAGGUGUUUGCCGACAUGGAGGCCGGCCAGGCCGGCUGGCUGCGCGUCUCCCGUGAGGCCGCCGUGAAGUAUCAGUUCGAGACAUUUCAGCUGGGUAAAAACAAUGAGCCUGUGCACGGGGCGUCUUGGACAGUGCACGCGCCUGCGAAGACGGUGGAGUGUGUUAGGUUUGAGGGGUCGGCGGGGCUUUUGGGGGGGAGCUUGGACGUUUGGUUAUAA